CAGAUUUUCUAGGAAAUGAACCCUUGCGUUGAGCUUGUUACUUCUCCCCGGAAUCUGGGUUUUAAAGAAAUGGCAAGCUUCACUGGUUUAUCAGCUUCUCAAACUCAAAUCUUGUGUCGCUGCUCUCCACCUAUCUCUUUUACUGCCUCCAUUUCGUCUCCACUUCAUUUCAAAAAGCAAGCGCCAGUACGGAGACUGCUUGUGGUUCCACUUAAGUGUUCAUCUCCAGGGCCGAGUCAAGAGACCGAGUCGGAAGCUGAAACGAUGUCGGCUCCAUCUUCUUCCGUUUCACUGGCUUCGAGCAAUUCCACGUAUAAUUGGCGUGCAGGGAUUGGUGCUGUCGGUCUUCUUGAAACUGCCUACUUGACUUACCUCAAGCUUUCCGGUUCCGAUGCCUUUUGCCCUCUCGGUGGUGGCAGUUGCGGAGAUGUCCUCAACAGUGAUUACGCCCUCGUUUUUGGUGUGCCUCUUCCACUACUGGGACUGAUUGCCUAUGGAUUCGUUACAACACUCAGCCUGCAGUUGACCAGGAAGAACUUGCCUUUGGGGAUCAGUGAAACGGACGGGCGUUUAUUAUUGCUUGGGAGCACUACCUCCAUGGCUGCUGCAAGUGCAUACUUUUUGUACAUACUGAGUACACAAUUUGCUGGAACUUCUUGCUCCUACUGUCUAAUCUCGGCUUUAUUAUCAUUUAGUUUAUUUUUCAUCAGCCUAAAGGAUGUUGGGUUGCAGGAGGUACAGAAAGUGGUGGGUUUACAGGUGUGCAUAGCAAGCUUGGUGGUUGCCACGUUAAGUACCUCGUACAGCAAUUUACCAUCUGCGCCUUCAAGCACGGGUAACAUUAACCUUCCAUAUUUUACGACUGAGAUAACAACAGAUUCAAGUCCUUUUGCUAUUCCUCUUGCAAGGCAUUUACAUUCUGUAGGAGCUAAGAUGUAUGGGGCUUUCUGGUGCUCUCAUUGUCAAGAACAAAAACAGAUGUUUGGGCGUGAGGCAGCAAAGUUGUUGGACUAUGUCGAAUGCUUUCCCGAAGGAUAUAAAACUGGAACUAAAAUGAUCAAGGCUUGUGCAGAUGCAAAUUUAGAAGGAUUCCCAACUUGGGUUAUCAAUGGCCAGGUUUUGAGUGGAGAGAUGGAAUUGGAAAAACUUGCCGAGGUAUCCGGGUUUGAAUUCAGUGGAUAAGCAGACUAAUCUACACCGGGGCAUUUGCACAGCUUACAGAAGGUAUGCUUGCCCCGGCUAAGAUUUUGAAGGAUGAAGUCGGUUUCUCGCACUCACGGGACGUAGAAGGUAGCAUUGGUCUAAUAACAAAUUGAGAAGCUCAAAGAUAUGAUGAUAAUGGUACAUAUUUGAUCUCUCUUGUAAUUCAUGUAUGAGAGUAGCAGUCUUGAAAUUCAGCUUACAUUGUGUCCCAAAACCCAGCCGUAAAAUGUCACACAGACUUUGCUUAAAACUUUACUGCUCAA